CCCAUACAUCUUUCUGUGGCGCCCCUACCCAACCUUCAAAAAUGGCCACAACAGAUUCAAUAUCCGUCUUUGCCGAAGGUACUUUUGAAGAACAGGUCCUUGAGCUCGCGAACUACAUAUCUCUGACGUCUGAAGAGCCUCAACGCGAACCCUAUGUUCAAUCUAUCCAGGAGCGUUUAAAUACUGGAGAGGGACAAACGCCACUAGCGGAGGAUGAGGGCAGGCGGAGGCAGGUCUUUGAGGCAGUAGUCGCAGAUGUGAAGGGUAUCCCAGAGGGCUCGAGUGCAAAAGAGACGGAAGGGUUCUUCAACCUUUUGUAUGCUCACCUUUUGACGCUCUUCCCAGCGGAUUCUCCAGAAACGCAGGCAAACGUCCCGAGGCUUGUCGAGAUAAUCUCGUCAUCACCAUCUAUCUCCUCGAGUACGAAGUACCGCACCCUCACGAAUCUUUUCAACUCUCUUCCUCGUCGCUCUCCUCUUCGACUCAAAGUCUAUACUACCCUCCUCACCCUCGCGAGCUCCGCAGACGAACUCAACGUCCUCCUCCUGACUCCUUCCGACGUCGACAAAUGGCUCUCCGAAUGGGACAUCUCGUCCGAAGAGAAGAUCGCGUUCCUGAAGCAACUCGUGGAGGCAUACGAGAAAGCAGGAGAUUCUAAAACAUCCUAUACCUACCAUCUCUCCUACCUCCGCUUGCUCCCCUCAGCUUCACCCGAGGCCCUCACUGCCUCAGUCAAACUCAUCACAGCUGCCCUUUCCGAUCCUACUAUGUACGACUUCGACCCGCUCUUCCGCAUCGACGCCGUCGUCGAGUCUGCAAAGGACCACGAAAUCUUCGAGCUCUUGCGAGUCUUCUUGACCGGAGGAUUGGAGGAGCUGAAGGCUUGGGGAGAGAAGUAUGGGAAUGAUGGCGGAUGGGAGAAAUAUGGUCUUGACCAGGCUCAGUUGGAGCACAAAAUGAGGCUGCUCUCGCUUGCGUCGCUCGGAUUCGAGAAUGUCGGCCAGGAUUUGCCUUACGCCAAGAUCGCCGCGUCGAUACACGUCGAAGAGAGCGAGGUCGAGAAAUGGGUCAUCGAUGUCAUCCGCACCGGCCUCCUCUCCGGAAAACUCUCCCAAACCACGCAAACCCUCCACGUCAUCCGCUCCACCUCCCGCACCUUCGACGCCCCCCAAUGGGAGCUCCUCGCUUCUCGCCUGACCGCUUGGAAAGCUGGACUUGAAGGCGUGCUCGAGGUCGUAGAGAGCGCGAGGAAGCAGAAAGAGAGUCUGGCAGCGAAGGCGGCGGAGAAGAAGGAGAAGGACGUGGCGAAAGAGAAGGAGAGGAAAGAGAGUGUUGAGAAGAAGGAGGUGGUGGUGGUGGAUGAAGAGGAAGAGGGGCCGGUGCUUGAGGUCGGUGCUGAGGUCGCUGUUGGUGCGUAGGGGGUGGUCGAUAACGAUGGAGAAGGAUGGCGAAUACUCGUUAGGGGCGAUGUUGUUGAGAUGGUAUGAUAUCGAUGCUGCGACUGUUGUAGCUUUAUCUUGGGUGUUGUAUUGUUCUGCAUGGGCUCAACGGUCUCUGGGAUCGAGCCAGUAAAAAUGAUAGGGAUGCUUUACCGC